UUGGGACCUGAGAGCUGUGGAUGUCUGGAAGGAGCGGUCCUGGGGGGUUGGGUACCAGGGCUCCCUCCAUUGUCCUGUGUUCCAGAAGAGGGAGAGGGGGCUGUCCUUGAGGGUGAUUGGGAGUCGGCCCUUAGCGGCUAAGACCCGUGAAGUUAUGGGAGGAGUGUGGGGAGCCUCGCGUUGCCGCUGAGAAGCAGGGUGCUGGCUCAUGUUGCUUCUGGGCAGCCCCACCCUUUCCUUACCUUGCCCUGGCCUUUGUCCUCUCCCUUCCCAACCGCACCCCCUGCGGCCGCUUCUCUGGCUAUGUGUCGGGGCUUAGGGCAGCCCUGGGGGGCCAGCCCCAGCUUCCACCACCUCACCUGUCCUGUUCCCUGGCCCCCCAGGGCCCCACAGGGCCACAGCCGGACCUCCGAGGCAGCCCCGGAGCCAGCGGCAGACAUGGGCCAGAGUGAGUCCGAGCUGCCCCAGCCCCCACCGCAGGAUGCCGCCCUGACGGACAUGCUACCCAACAUCAAGCUGCUAGUGGAGGACCCACUGCAGACCAGCCUGGUGAUGGGGAUGAUGAUUGGUGUCGGGGCCGUUGUGCUGCUCAUGGCCACCCUCAUCCUUGUGCUGGUUCGGAGGCUGCGGACAAAGAAGGUCCAGGCCCAGGAGACUCCCAAGUAUCGAUUCCGCAAGAGGGACAAGGUCCUGUUCUAUGGACGCAAGAUCAUGCGCAAGGUUUCCCAGUCGACCUCCUCCCUGGUGGACACCACGAUCUCCACAGCCUCCCGGCCCCGAAUGAAGAAGAAACUCAAGAUGUUGAACAUUGCCAAGAAGAUCCUCCGGAUCCAGAAAGAGACGCCAACCCUGCAGCGAAAAGAGCCUCCCCCCGCGGUGCUGGAGGCCGACCUCACCGAGUUUGACGUGGCCAAUUCACACCUGCCCUCCGAGGUGCUCUACAUGCUCAAGAACGUUCGAGUGCUCGGCCACUUUGAGAAGCCGCUCUUCUUGGAGCUCUGUCGCCACAUGGUGUUCCAGCGGCUGAGCCAGGGCGACUACGUGUUCCGGCCAGGCCAGCCCGACGCCAGCAUCUACGUGGUCCAGGACGGGCAGCUGGAGCUCUGCCUCCCGGGCCCUGAUGGGAAGGAGUGUGUGGUGAAGGAGGUCUUCCCUGGGGACAGUGUCAACAGCCUCCUCAGCAUCCUGGAUGUCAUCACGGGGCACCAGCGUCCGUACAGGACGGUCUCUGCCCGCGCUGCCCGGGACUCCACGGUGUUGCGGCUGCCAGUCGAAGCCUUCUCUGCCGUCUUUGCGAAGUACCCCGAGAGCCUUGUGAGAGUUGUGCAGAUCAUCAUGGUGCGCCUGCAGCGAGUGACAUUCUUGGCCCUUCACAACUACCUGGGCCUGACCAAUGAGCUCUUCAGCCACGAGAUGCAGCCGCUGCGCCUGUUCCCGAGCCCUGGCCUCCCAACCCGAACCAGCCCCGUUAGGGGUCCCAAACGUGUCAUCAAUGCCUCUACUGCUGAAGAAGCACGGGAUCCUCUUGCCCGACCCCUGGACCCUACUGGAGCCCCCCUUCCUGGUCCCCCAGGGGAUCCUGUGAAGCCCCCAACCUCUCUGGAGCCCCCUCCCGCUCCCCUGCUGAGCCGGUGCAUCUCCAUGCCUGUGGACAUCUCUGGGCUGCAGCGGGGGCCGCGCUCCGACUUUGACAUGGCCUAUGAGCGAGGCCGAAUUUCUGUGUCCCUGCAGGAAGAGAGCUCGGGGAGCCCCCUUCCCAGUACGCCCCGGUUGAUGUCUCAGGAGCCUCGGGAACAGCCGGCGGGGGCCUGUGAGUACAGCUUCUGCGAGGAUGAGUCAGCCGGGGGGGACUGCCCCUUCGGGCCCUACCAAGGCCGCCAGACCAGUAGCAUCAUUGAGGCGGCCAAGCGGGAGCUGGUGAAGCUGAUGAAGAUUGAGGACCCCACGCUGCUGAACAGCCGCGUGCUGCUGCACCAUGCAAAGGCGGGCACGGUCAUCGCCCGCCAGGGUGACCAGGAUGCCAGCCUGCACUUUGUGCUCUGGGGCUGUUUGCACGUGUACCAGCGCAUGAUUGACAAGGCGGAGGACGUGUGUCUGUUUGUAGCCCAGCCUGGAGAGCUGGUGGGGCAGCUGGCCGUGCUGACAGGGGAGCCGCUCAUCUUCACCCUGCGGGCGCAGCGGGACUGUACUUUCCUGCGCAUUUCCAAGUCGGGCUUCUAUGAGAUCAUGCGGGAGCAGCCAAGUGUGGUCCUGAGCGCUGCCCACACCGUGGCUGCUCGCAUGUCCCCAUUUGUACGCCAGAUGGACUUUGCAAUUGACUGGACCUCAGUGGAAGCUGGCCGUGCCCUCUACAGACAGGGUGAUCGCUCAGACUGUACCUACAUUGUACUCAAUGGGCGCCUGCGCUCUGUCAUCCAGAGGGGCAGUGGCAAGAAGGAAUUGGUCGGGGAAUAUGGCCGAGGGGAUCUUAUCGGGGUGGUGGAAGCACUGACCCGGCAGCCCCGGGCCACAACAGUUCAUGCAGUGCGGGACACGGAGCUUGCCAAGUUGCCCGAGGGGACUCUGAGCCAUAUUAAGAGGAGGUACCCACAGGUUGUGACCCGGCUGAUCCACCUCCUGAGCCAGAAAAUCCUUGGGAAUCUGCAGCAGCUGCAGGGACCUUUUCCAGGUUCAGGCCUUGGUGUGCCGCCUCCUUCGGAACUUACCAACCCAGCCAGUAACCUCGCGACAGUGGCUGUGCUGCCGGUCUGUGCAGAGGUGCCCAUGGUGGCCUUCACUCUGGAGCUGCAGCAUGCCCUGAGAGCCAUUGGCCCAACUCUGCUCCUCAACAGCGACAUCAUCCGGGCCCGACUUGGGGCUUCAGCCCUGGACAGCAUCCAGGAGUUCCGGUUGUCCGGUUGGCUGGCCCAGCAGGAGGACACGCAUCGCAUCGUGCUCUACCAGACAGAUGGCUCGCUGACCCCCUGGACUGUGCGCUGCCUGCGCCAAGCUGACUGCAUCCUCAUCGUGGGCCUGGGGGACCAGGAGCCCACACUUGGCCAGCUGGAGCAGAGGUUGGAGAGCACGGCUGUGAGGGCCCUGAAGCAGCUGGUCCUGCUGCACCGGGAGGAGGGUCCCGGGCCCACCCGCACAGUGGAGUGGCUCAACAUGCGCAGCUGGUGCUCAGGCCACUUGCACCUGCGCUGCCCACGCCGUCUCUUUUCCCGUCGCAGCCCUGCCAAGCUGCGAGAGCUCUACGAGAAGGUCUUCUCCCGCCGGGCUGACCGCCACAGCGACUUCUCCCGCUUGGCACGGGUGCUGACCGGGAACACCAUUGCCCUCGUCCUGGGAGGGGGCGGGGCCAGGGGCUGCUCCCAUAUCGGGGUGCUGAAAGCUCUGGAGGAGGCUGGUGUGCCUGUGGAUAUGGUGGGCGGCACAUCCAUUGGUUCCUUCAUCGGGGCCCUUUACGCGGAAGAACGCAGUGCAAGUCGUACUAAGCAGCGUGCUCGUGAAUGGGCCAAGAGCAUGACAUCAGUGUUUGAGCCGGUGCUGGACCUCACGUACCCUGUUACCUCCAUGUUCUCAGGCUCUGCUUUCAACCGAAGCAUCCACCGCGUUUUCCAGGACAGGCAGAUUGAGGAUCUGUGGCUGCCCUACUUCAACGUGACCACAGAUAUCACAGCCUCGGCCAUGCGUGUGCACAAGGACGGCAGCGUGUGGCGGUACGUCCGGGCCAGCUCUUCCUACACCCCGUACCUGCCCCCCCUGUGUGACCCCUCGGAUGGGCACCACCUGGUGGAUGGGUGCUAUGUUAACAAUGUCCCAGGGUCUCUGUGGCGGUACGUCCGGGCGAGCAUGACGCUCUCGGGCUACCUGCCCCCACUCUGUGACCCGAAGGACGGCCACCUGCUCAUGGACGGCGGCUACAUCAACAACCUGCCAGCUGAUAUCGCCCGGAACAUGGGGGCUAAGACGGUGAUAGCCAUUGACGUGGGCAGUCAGGAUGAGACUGACCUCAGCAACUAUGGGGACAGUCUGUCGGGCUGGUGGCUGCUCUGGAAACGGCUCAACCCCUGGGCCGAGAAGGUCAAGGUGCCGGACAUGGCCGAGAUCCAGUCCCGCCUGGCCUACGUGUCCUGUGUGCGGCAGCUAGAGAUAGUGAAAUCGAGCUCCUACUGUGAGUAUCUGCGCCCGCCCAUAGACUGCUUCAAAACCAUGGACUUUGGCAAGUUUGACCAGAUCUAUGAUGUGGGUUACCAGCAUGGGAAAGUGGUGUUUGGGGGCUGGAGCCGCGGGGACAUCAUCGAGAAGAUGCUGAGGGACAGGCGUUCGGCUGACCUCAACGAGAGUCGGCGCACCACCGACGUGCUGACCUGCCCCAGCGCUGGCUUUACUGACUUAGCAGAGAUCGUGUCCCGGAUCGAGCCGACCAAAAGCUACGUGUCUGACAGCUACGCCGACGGCGAGGAAUCGGACUGUCUGACAGAGUACGAGGAGGAUGGCGGGCCUGACGGCGCCCGAGAUGAAGGGGGCUCCCCUGGAGGGGGGACUCCCAACAGCACCUUUGAGACUGAUGAAGAGAAGAGUCUACGGCACCGGAGGGGCCGCCCCCAGGACCCCCCUGGCUCUCCCGCGGAGGCCUGAGCCCUCUCUGGGGAGGAUCCCAUCCUCCCAUCUUGGGAGUGACUCCAGGACCAACUGGGCCCCAGCGGAGGGAAGGGUGGGGGUGGCUCCCCAAGCAAUAGCCCUAACCCCCCACUCCUCAGCACUUACACUGGACCUGGCACUGGACUGAGCUGCCCUGGGGCGGGGCGGGGGGGCCUGCACUGAAUUGAUCCCUGUCCUCCCCCUCCCCCCAAAUAAAUGCUCACAGCUUC